AUACGCCCAUCUCCAGAACCUUCUAUAAACCCCUCCCGAGAACCCCCUACUAAAACCCUAGAAACCUCCUCCACCACCAACACUUCUCUAUCUAUCCGUGUUGUGAGUCUGUGACCCCCUAAAAGAUCUCUGCUUUCGCUGGUUCUCGCCAUCAUGCAUAAGCUCUCGAGGCGUUACGUCUCCGCUAUAGUGCGCAACGGCGAUGCACGGUACAGAAAUGCCGUGGCUACAUUUUCUUCACACAAUCGCUUAAACGAAUCGGCUGGUAAAAGUAAAAGUAAGACUGAAAACAGAUGGUACUCGGGGUUGGGUGCUGGGAGAUGCAACGUGACUGUAGCUACAAAGCCAUAUAACAUGAGAAAUGGGCUAUUCCUUGGCAACCGAUAUGAGUCAACUGCUGCAGCAUCUGAUACAUCAGAUCCGCCAGCUGAGAAGUUUGAGUAUCAAGCAGAGGUUAGUCGUCUUAUGGACCUCAUUGUUAACAGCUUAUACAGCAACAAAGAGGUGUUUCUUAGGGAGCUUAUCAGCAAUGCAAGUGAUGCCUUGGACAAGCUGCGAUUUCUUAGUGUUACAGAGCCUGAGCUUUUGAAGGAUUCAGUUGAUCUUGAUAUCCGUAUCCAAACUGAUAAAGAUAAUGGGGUUAUUACUAUCAUGGAUUCUGGCAUUGGUAUGACACGUCAUGAACUUGUUGACUGUCUUGGAACUAUUGCACAAAGUGGAACUGCGAAGUUCUUAAAAACAUUGAAGGAUAGCAAGGAUGCUGGUGCUGACAGCAAUUUAAUUGGUCAAUUUGGUGUGGGCUUUUAUUCAGCUUUCCUAGUUUCUGAUCGGGUGGUUGUUUCGACAAAGAGCCCGAAGUCUGAUAGGCAAUACGUUUGGGAAGGAGAGGUGAACUCAAGUUCAUAUACGAUCCGGGAGGAGACUGAUCCUGAGAAGCUUAUUCCGAGAGGGACCCGCCUCACAUUAUAUCUUAAGCGUGAUGACAAAGGUUUUGCACAUCCGGAAAGAGUUGAAAAGCUUGUGAAGAACUAUUCGCAGUUUGUUUCAUUCCCAAUUUACACCUGGCAGGAAAAGGGAUAUACCAAAGAGGUUGAGGUUGACGAGGAUCCAUCUGAGGCCAAGAAGGAUGAACAAGAUGAGAACACUCAGAAGAAGAAGAAAACUAAGAAAGUUGUUGAGAAAUACUGGGAGUGGGAACUCACUAAUGAGACCCAGCCAAUAUGGCUACGGAACCCUAAGGAAGUCACCACAGAAGAAUAUAAUGAGUUCUACAAGAAGACUUUCAACGAGUACUUGGAUCCUUUAGCAUCUUCACACUUUACAACAGAGGGUGAGGUGGAGUUCAGGUCUAUACUCUAUGUUCCAUCCCUGGCUCCCAUGGGAAGGGAUGAAUUAGUCAAUCCCAAGACAAAGAAUAUAAGGCUCUAUGCUAAGCGGGUGUUCAUUUCAGAUGAUUUUGAUGGAGAAUUGUUCCCAAGAUAUCUGAGCUUCGUCAAGGGUGUUGUUGACUCAAAUGACCUUCCCCUCAAUGUGUCCCGUGAAAUUCUCCAGGAAAGCCGUAUUGUACGGAUUAUGAGGAAGCGUUUGGUUCGAAAGGCCUUUGACAUGAUUCUGGGCAUAUCCAUGAGUGACAACAAAGAUGAUUAUGAGAAGUUCUGGGAGAAUUUUGGCAAAUUUUUAAAAUUAGGCUGCAUUGAAGAUCGUGAAAACCACAAGCGUCUUGCUCCACUGCUCCGAUUUUUCUCCUCACAGAGCGAGGAUGAGAUGAUCAGCUUGGAUGAAUAUGUUCAGCAUAUGAAACCUGAGCAGAAGGAUAUUUAUUACAUUGCUGCUGACAAUGUGACUAGCGCAAAGAACACACCUUUUCUGGAAAAACUUCUUGAAAAGGAACUUGAAGUACUGUUCUUAGUUGAUUCUAUUGAUGAGGUUGCCAUCCAGAGCCUGAAAUCAUACCAAGAGAAGAAUUUUGUUGAUAUUAGCAAGGAGGACCUGGAUCUAGGUGAUAAGAACGAAGAGAAGGAAAAAGAAAUGAAGCAAGAGUUUGGCCAAGCUUGUGAUUGGAUUAAGAAGCGGUUGGGUGACAAAGUUGCCAGCGUUCAAAUCUCAAAUCGUCUGAGCACAUCACCUUGUGUUCUUGCAUCUGGGAGGUUUGGUUGGUCUGCCAAUAUGGAGAGGCUGAUGAAGGCACAAACUGUUGGUGAUACCUCUAGUAUGGACUACAUGAGAAGCAGGAGGGUGUUUGAGAUCAAUCCUGAACACCCUGUCAUUAGAACUUUGAAUGACGCAUGCAAGAGUAGCCCAAAUGAUGAAGAAGCCUUGAGAGUUAUUGAUCUUUUGUAUGACACGGCUUUAAUUUCCAGUGGUUUCACUCCUGAGAGUCCAGCACAGCUUGGUAGGAAGAUUUAUGAGAUGAUGGGUAUGGCUCUUUCCGGCAAGUGGGCCGAACCUACUGUCGACAUUCAACAGCAAGCAACACAAGUGCACAGCCAAGAAACACUAGAAGCUGAGGUGGUGGAGUCAGCUGAAUCCGGUGGUCAGAAAUGAGAAGCCAUUUUUAAAGUUUUCAUGUUUUUGUAUAAAUCUAGUACAGUCAACUAGUAUUCCAUGCGUGCAUAACCCGGAAAUUGGAGGGUACAUUUAAGAAGAUCUAAACUGUAUGGGAAUUCAUGUUCUAUUUUGCGGUUAUAUGAUAAUAUCUAUUUUAUUAUCUAAA